AUGUCAACAAGCAUCGGAGAAGUUUUAAGACAAUUCAUCGAUGGACAAGGAGAAUUCAAAGUCCAACAAUCCUUUGUUCUGCUUAAAGUGGCCGUGGGAUACUGUUAAUCCUAACCAGAAUAACCCCCAAAGCCCUGCAACUCCUUGUACCUUAGAGACGCCAUGGCUAUUCAAAUCAUUUCAAAAUUUGACUUCCUUAGCCUUCAGUUUCAUCCAUAACACGUCCAAUUCCCGAAACUUUUCCCUCGGAAUCCCCGCGCUGAAGCCGCCCCCGGCGGUGAAGAAGAAAUUGAGUCCGGAGGAACAAUCGGAGGCGGAGCAGAGAGCGUUUGCGGCGGCGCUGGCGAGCGCUAAAGAGGCUACGGUGUUGGAAUUCUACUCCCCCGCCUGCCAGCUCUGCAACUCUUUGCUUAAUUUCGUUACGGAGGUCGAGAAGCGGAACUCGGAUUGGCUCAACAUUGUUUACGUUGAUGCUACGAGUGAUCAAUGGCUGCCUGAGCUUCUGAAUUACGACAUAAAUUAUGUUCCUUGCUUCGUUCUCCUGGACAAACAUGGGAAGGCCCUUGCAAAAACAGGCGUUCCGAACAGCAGACUGCAUGUAGUUGCUGGUGUUUCUCACCUCCUCAAAAUGAAACGCCCACAGAAGAAACAGUGAUGAUGAUCUCAUAUACUUUGUGCUGAAAUAGCUUUUAUGCAGACAGUUAUGUGUUGAACCAACAACUCAAAUCAUAGGAUGACCAAUUUCACUCUUAGUCUUGUGUUGGAUUCUUGGAUGCAUGCAAAAGGCAAUAUAUUUGUUAGUGGAUGUUAAAAUACUUAAUUAUAUUAAAAUUACAAAGAGCUAUGUUCUCAAUGUGA